UUAAAUCUGACGGUGCAGGUGAAAAGGGAGCAUGAUGGACCCAAACUAAGAACUGCCUUGGUAGAUACUGCACUUUGCAUAAAUUUCCAUACGGCGGAAGAAGAGGUUCUUCUGAUAAUCACCGUUCAUUUGAAAAACCUGCGCAGUUCCUUACUGGUCGAUUCGCAUUUCGAACAUGUCUCCGUCGUUGGAUCUUCCUCCCAAGGGUGGCUUCAGUUUUGAUCUAUGCCGAAGAAAUGCAAUGCUCGAAAGCAAGGGUCUCAAGGCCCCAACCUUCUUGAAAACUGGGACCACUAUUGUCGGUUUAGUUUUUCAGGAUGGAGUCAUUCUUGGAGCUGAUACUAGAGCAACUGAGGGACCUAUAGUUGCUGAUAAAAACUGUGAGAAAAUUCAUUAUAUGGCACCCAACAUAUAUUGCUGUGGAGCAGGCACAGCUGCUGAUACAGAGGCCGUAACAGACAUGGUUAGCUCACAGCUGCAACUACAUCGUUAUCACACUGGUCGAGAAUCACGAGUUGUUACAGCUCUGACUCUUCUUAAAAAACACCUAUUCAAUUAUCAAGGUCAUGUCUCCGCUGCUCUAGUGCUUGGUGGGGUUGAUAUCACUGGACCUCAUUUGCAUACAAUUUAUCCUCAUGGGUCUACUGACACCCUUCCAUUUGCAACAAUGGGAUCAGGUUCACUUGCUGCAAUGUCUGUAUUUGAAUCCAAGUACAAGGAAAAUUUGAGUAGGGAUGAAGGCAUACAGAUAGUUGUUGAGGCAAUAUGUGCUGGUAUUUUUAAUGACUUGGGAAGUGGAAGUAACGUUGAUGUUUGUGUGAUAACUAAGGGAAACAAGGACUAUCUCAGGAACCACCUUCUACCAAAUCCACGCACCUAUGUCAAUCCAAAAGGCUUUGAGUUCCCCAAAAAGACAGAGGUCCUCUUAACAAAAAUUACCCCGUUGAAGGAGAAGGUUGAAGUGAUUGAAGGGGAUGCUAUGGAAGAGUAACGAUCUUCCCAAAAAAAUAGUUGGUGUUUGAGUAUGAAAACUUAGUCAAUGGCUGUGAUAUUUAAUUGUUGUACUGUCAGAACUUUGGCUUUUAUUACCAAUUUUUUUUUGAAUUUAAUUAGAUUGUUGCAAGUUAUUUGGUCAAAUCUCAAGUUAGUUGGAUUGUCGCGAGAAAAUGCUCAUUAACAAAACUCCAAAUAGAAGCAAAUAAGCACCGAAUAGCUCUAUACAAUUUGAAUGAUGAAAAAUGUUUUUUUU